GUGUGAGUCGUUCCAUGAAGGAUAAGGUGACCAAGCCCACUGCCAUGGCCCAGGGUCGAGUCGCUCACAUGAUUGAGUGGCAGAGCUGGGGGAAACCCACUGCGGGGCCGAUGGGGGCCACCGGACACUCCAACCUGCAGAGGGAAAAGGAGAGGAGGUUGGAGAAUGACGCUUACAGCGACCUUAGUGAUGGCGAGAAGGAGGCUCGCUUCGCUGCAGGCAUCAUGCAGCAGUUUGCGAUCUCGGAGGCGACUCUGUUCGGCUGGAACUCGAUGGAUGGUGAGAGUAUGGGAGCUGGCUCCAACCAGGGCAGCGUCGCUCACCUCAGUGAGGUCAACCAGGAGAGCAUCACCAGCAGAGGUACGGCUAUGCUCCACUCCUCUGCGGAUGUCUGGCCUCACACCUACGUCUCACAGGGCCUGUACUGCCUGUCGUCCUCUGAUGCCUGGGACCCGAUCACUAGCCAGCCAUCGGGCGUGGCCUCGCCUGCUGCAGGCUCCUAUAUCAUGCCUACUGGUGGCAGCAGUGGAGCAGGGGGUACACCUGGUGAAGGCUUCGAGGGCACAGUAGGCGGAUUUAUUCAGCAGCAUCAUGCUCAACUCACUCUGCAGCAGCAGAACCAAUUCCAACAGCUCCAACAGCUCCAUCACUACCAGCAGCAUCAGCUACUGCAGUACCAACAGCAGCAACAGACUAUGGAGCACAGGCCAUAUAGUGCCUCCCAUUCCCUCCAAGCCACUCCAAACAGCACCAUCCACAGCCUCGGUCCUCCCACCCACCCCCGGCUAGCCGACCUGUGGGUUGAGGCUCACCAGGUGGAGCUCGCUGGGCAGCUGAGCGGACAGAUGGCUGAUAUGGUCGGAGGAUUGGUGGAGACUGUUGGGGAGGAGCCAGAACUAGAGUCUGAAGGCACCACUGAGCAGCACGAAGAGGAGGAAGAGUUGACGAAGGUGGAGGAGGUAACAUUAACCUUGGAGCCGGAGCCGUACUCUUUGACCCCGUCCCCGUUGAGGGAGGACGCCUCCUCGACCAGAGGUUCAAGCCCGGGACUGCCGAUACAGAUCGCCGAACCCGUCAAGGAGAGGAAACCCUUCGAGGUCACCCCCUGCGUCGUCCAGCUGCUGGACGAGAAGGACGAGGACCCGGAGAAGGGUUCCAUUGUUGUCGUGGCGACCAAUUGA